AUGGUACACAAAGAAAUUGACAUUGAACGAUGUGUCCGUGAAUCAAUUAACCUCUUUUGCUGGACCCCUAAGAGUGCUACAUACAGACAAUAUGCCCAGCAUCCUAAGCAAGCAAAUGAGAUCAACUGUCCCAGAAGUUUAAUGUCCUGUCUGUCAUCAGACUAUCAAGAUGCACCCAGAAGUGAUCUGUCUAGGGACUCUAUCAAGUUGAAUGACCUGAAAUCGGAAGUUUCUCCACGGAUCUCGGCAGAAGAUUUGAUUGACCUGUGUGACUUGACGGGACCUAGCCAUUUCAAGACCCCGACAAAGAAAACAAAAUCUAGCAAGCCAAAGCUGCUUAUUGUUGACAUUCGGAACAGCGAGGAUUUUAAUCGAGGGCAUAUAUCAGGCAGCAUCAAUAUUCCAUUUGGAUCAGCAUUCACUGCAGAAGGGGAUUUCAUCCAGUGCCCUGCUACAGCCACACUUCAGAGCUUUAAAGGAAGAGUUGUUGUAGUUGUUGGAAAUGUGGCGAAGAACGCAGCCUUGUUCGCAGCCCAUCUCGUGAAAAUCAAAUAUCCAAGGGUUUGCAUUUUAGAUGGCGGCAUAAACAAGCUCAAGCCGACGGGCCUGCUGACAGUUCCUUCUCCACAAAUAUGAGCAUCUUUAAAUAUCCUGAGA